UCCUGGCAAUGCUUGGGUGCACUCUCCCAGGCUCGGUGACAGCUCGUGUCUGAUGCCUUUUAUGGCCAUCGGUUACUUGUCUCUACCGAAGGUUAUUACCUUAUUCCCACUGGGCUCCCCUGCCUCUUCCCUGCCCACUCACCAAGCCUGGUCCUCAUGUGUUUAGCUCCAAGAGUCUCGCCCUUCAAGCCCAGAAGAAGAUCCUGAGCAAGAUAGCCAGCAAAACUGUGGCCAACAUGCUGAUCGAUGACACCAGCAGCGAGAUCUUUGAUGAGCUGUACAAAGUCACCGAAGAACACACCCACAACAAGAAGGAGGCCCACAAGAUCAUGAAGGAUGUAAUAAAGGUGGCGAUCAAAAUUGGUAUUCUCUACCGGAACAAACAGUUCAGUCAAGAGGAGGUUGUGAUUGUGGAGAAACUCCGGAAGAAACUGAACCAGACCGCCAUGACCAUGGUCAGCUUCUACGAAGUGGAGUAUACCUUUGAUACGAAUGUGCUCUCUAAACUUCUGCAUGAGUGCAAGGACCUGGUCCAUGAACUGGUACAGCGACACUUGACGCCCAGAACCCACGGACGCAUAAACCAUGUCUUCAACCACUUCGCUGAUGUGGAAUUCCUUUCCACUCUCUACAGUCCGCACGGAAACUGCAGGCCCAAUCUCAAGAGGAUUUGCGAAGGAAUCAAUAAAUUGUUAGAUGACAAAAUCCUCUGAAUAGCUUCUCCUCUCGUGGACUUUGCUGCUUCGAAGUCAGAAUAUUCAACCUCCUCGCCCAGUGAGAAUCAAGCAGCAACCCUUGCUCAAGAUGUUCUUGUGUCUCCUUUAUCACUCUGAUGCUGAUUCUAACCCAGGCUUGGGUGCGUUUACCCCCUGAGCACAGGCAUGAGCUCCCAAGUCUAAAUGAACUGUGUUUGCAAAGAACAGACGACUGGUCUGAGCACGAAGGCUGCUUUGCUCCAUUCAUCUCGUAGUGGAAGGCGCCCUGCGUUAGGAUACAGAAGACAUGGGUGUGGAGAGCAGCCCUGCCGCUGUUAGGGAAAUCUGUGUUCUGGAGCUCCAUGCCUCCUGACUACCUCACAGGGCUGUGGCAAGGACUGAACAGGAAACCUCGCACUCAGUUUUGUGAAACAGAGACCAGUGACUAUAUAUAAUAAACGGAUGCGGCAUAAUAUUUCGUAAUUAGUGGGUUUGUUCGUGGCCAGUUGUCAGAGCAUAUUUAGUGAUCACAGUACCAGAGAGGCUGAGCUAAAAGAAUUAUGACCAGGGGCGGGGAUAGUGUGGACUGCAGACUGAGGCUCAGACAGAAAACUCUCAGGAAAGAAAUAGAAGAAAAGGAAGAAAGAGUUCCUCGCCUCCUUUAAGAGAAACAAGAGUCAAGGUGACACUGCUCCCUUUACUCCGCAUGUGACUUGAAGACACCCAUUCAAGGCUGCAGCAAUGACUCUCAGUUUAGGUAGAGCAAUGCUCUUGUCGUCGUCUGGUUCUCUCUGGCUUCUCGGACUCUCCAGUGUCAUCUACUCAUCAGCCACCCUAUGUCACGGCCUGCGUUGACUCGCUCUCUUUGUCUCCUCCAUUCCUUUCUUCUUCCACAGACGUGUUCUGUUUGGAUGAAUAGGUUUUAAUUUCCUUAAUGAGAUGGUAAAUUCCGUCUUGUAGGGGGUGGGGUUGCUGCCCUUAAAUCUUAUUUAUAACUGAUCUGUAAUCAUUUUAAGUAUUCGUCGCAGUAUAAAGCUUCAGUAGAUGUAUAUAUUGCAUUAUCAAAUCAGUGUAAUUAGCAGAUCUAUCACAAAUAUUUAUUUUUUCCGGCAGGAAUAUUCAGAAUCCCUCCCUCUAGCUAUUUAGUACUACAUAGCACAUUAUUGUUAGCUAUGACUGCCCUACUAUGAAACAGAAUAGCAUAAUUCUCCUAUGUUAAUGUGACUGUCCACCCCUCCCGGUCUCUUUCCCUCUCCACUUCUCAAAUAACUGAUGUUCGGCUCUUCAUUUCUUAGAUAGCAACUUUUGAAUUAUUUCCUGUCUGUGAAUUGCCCGGUGUUUGUUCAAUGUCUGUCUCAUUUCACUUAACAUAAAGUUUUGUAAUUUUAUCCACAUGGCUGCAAAUGUCAGAAUUUUUUUUUUACAAUAAAAAAAAAAAACCCA